GCUUGAACCAAGGUUUUCAGCCCGAAGCAGUGUGGCCUCUCUGCAAAGCCAGUUGAAGGGGGAGCUGAGCGCCUAUGCAGGGGGUGGGGGAGCAGCAGUCCAGAAUCCAGCCGCCAGCCCUCAGAAUGUUUCUCCUGCUGAUGGCUCUUCAGAUCUUGGCUGUAGCCAUGGCCCAGAACCAAGGGAAUGAGAACAAGAUAAUCGGUGGCUACACUUGCACCCAGAGCUCCCAACCGUGGCAGGCAGCCCUCCUGCAAGGCCCCCAGCGUCGUUUCCUCUGUGGAGGGUCCCUGCUGUCCGACCAGUGGGUCAUCACCGCUGCUCACUGCGCCCGCCCGAUCCUUCGAGUCGCCCUGGGCAAGCACAACCUGAAGGUCUGGGAGGCCACACAGCAGGUGCUGAGCGUGGCCCGCCAGGUACCGCACCCCCAGUACAACUCGCGGACCAGCGACAACGACCUGAUGCUGCUGCGGCUGGAGCGGCCCGCUCGGCUGGGGCGGGGGGUGCAGCCCAUCUCCGUGGCCCGUUCCUGCGCCGGCGUGGGCUCCUCCUGCCUUGUGUCGGGCUGGGGCACCAUCUCCAGUCCUGUUGCCAGGUACCCCAACUCUCUGCAAUGCGUGAACAUCAACAUCUUCUCGGAUCAGGAGUGUCGGCGGGCCUACUCUGGAGCCAUCACCCCGGGCAUGGUCUGUGCAGGGGUCCCCCAAGGCGGGAAGGACUCUUGUCAGGGUGACUCCGGGGGACCCCUGGUGUGCGGAGGGCAGCUCCAGGGUCUCGUGUCCUGGGGGAUGGAGCGCUGUGCCCAGCCCGGUUACCCCGGCGUCUACACCAACCUGUGCAAAUACCACACCUGGAUCCAGGAAACCAUGAGGAGCAGAUCAUAGCCGGCGGGACAGAACAUCACCUGCCCACAUGCUCCCCAAGACCCUGCCCCUCCCACUCAAGACCCAGCCCCCAGCGCCCCCUCCCUCGGACCCCCAGCAUCCUGAU